GGACAACCUGAACAAGUAACAGUAAGAAAACACCUUAUAUGCUUUCGAGAGAUCUCCAUACCCAUUAUCGGAUAUUACACUAAAAAAUCUUCAAGAUGUACCACAAAUUUGUUCAAUGGAGUUUGAACCUAUACUAUCUCUUCCUGCUAAUGAGCAUUACUAUUGAUGCAACUCUACAACAUGAUUCAAAUGAGGGAAUGGCCCACUCAACAAUGGCAUCACUUACUAAAGGUCAUGAUGACUCCAUAGUUGUAUUCUUCAAACCAAGUGACCUUAAAAUGGGAAAAGUAAUACCCACCAUUUUUCAAGGUAGAAAUCAAUCUUCUCAUUUUCUUCCAAGAGAAAAAUCAGAAUUAAUCCCAUUUUCAUCAUCAAAACUGCCUUAUCUUCUUCAACUCUUUGGUAUUUCACAAGAUUCUAUAAGAGGAGAAGCCAUGAAAACAGCCUUAAAUGAGUGUGAAACCAGCCCUAUCCAUGGAGAAACCAAAACAUGUGCUACAUCCUUAGAAUCUAUGCUUGAUUUUGUGCAUGAAAUCUUUGGAAAAAACAUAAAAUUCCAAGCUUUAACUACCCAAAAUAAAGGGAAAAGUAUAGUGCAAAAAUAUAGAAUUGUAGCAAAACCAACACAAAUUUGGGCACCAAAAAUGGUUGCUUGUCAUACAAUACCAUACCCAUAUGUUGUGUAUUAUUGUCAUUACCAUAAAAGUGAAAGUAAGGUUUUUAAAGUUAUAUUAAUGGGUGAAAAUGGUGAUAUGGUUGAAGCUGUUGUAGUUUGUCAUAUGGAUACUUCUCAAUGGAGUCCUGAUCAUUCUUCUUUUAAAGAAUUGGAUACUAAACCUGGUCAAUCUCCUGUUUGCCAUUUCUUUCCUGAUGAUAAUCUUCUUUGGGUCCCACUAAGGAAUGGGAGGGGAGUUUUUAGUUAAGGUUGUUAAUUAUUGGAUAAUGAAUGAUUAAUGAUAUGAUCUUGUGGUUUAUGUUAUAAAUGAAUAAAUAUUGUGUUGGUGUUCGACUUGGAAAGUCAAUCACCGUAGAAUUACUGGUAUUUAUAUGUGUAAGAUAAGUUUGUAAUGAAUGUAUGUAGGCUGGUGCCUUGUGAAAUAAAAUUAUGUUGUUAUGUUUUGUUAA